ACGACGCUACUUCGGUAACGGACACACACCUCCGGGAGGACCGAGAUGAUCCCUUCCUACACGGAUUGUGGGAUAGCCAUUAAAAUGCUGUCGGAAUAGCAUGCGUUGUGAACUGGCCUGCGCAAAUCGACCAAUCGAGAAACACUUGUGAGUCGGUGGAACCGAAGCUGAUGCACUCGACUGCGAUUUUCUGAAGGGGAGAGAGAAACAGGUCUCGGGAUAGGCAACGAAAAAGAAGAACCAUUUCGACGACGACACUGCACGCGCGGGCUUUUUUCCGGGUACGAUUCACGCGUGUGAGUGCGCCAUAGUUACACGAGUAUAUCGCGCCGUGGGGAAAACAGAGACAGACCCAUAGAAAAGGAACCACGAACGAGAGCGAUAAGGCUACUCGGGAAGAAACGAGAGAACCUUCGAUAGUGAAACGGAGUGAGAACGAGUGCAUUAGCAAGGGUCGUGAGGAGAAGGAAGGGAUCUCCGUCAAAAUGUCGCUGAAAACACCAACGCGGAUACAUUGAUUGCUUUUCGUCAUUUAACAGGGGACGGUAAAGAGGGAAUUAGGGUACUUUCUUUUCGACAUCACAGCCAUUAUAACCGAAACGAAAGACCGGUUUCGUUUCUAUUGAGAUUCGAAAAAAUCUGCUUAGGUGCUGUUUGAAAUUGGAGUAUCUGACUGCUGUGAAUAGUGAUUGUUGAAGUGAGAGCAAAUCAAACAGUAUUUUAAAUAUAACAUGGAAACUUGAGCAAAUAUUUUUUAUUCGAAUAGUAAAAGUAAAAGGUGUUUUCUGUUGAUUCGGAUUUGUAUGGUAUUAGAUCAACAGUUAGAAAAAUUGAUUUCAAGGUACACAUUGCUGGAUUAUGGAACGGAAUCCAAAUCUCACUGUUUUUCUCUUUCCUGCGGUUUCUGGCGAAGCUGAUUACCUAAAACAUUAAAAAUAUGGUAUCAACUCGUCAGUCAAGUAACAUGGGAGGAAGUAAUGGGGGUGGGCCAGUUACUGAAGUUGCAGAUGUGAGUUCUUCAAGAAGACAUCAAUCUGUAACAAUGGCUAGUUCUUAUAGUGGAGCAUCGGUUUCGGAUUCACCCACCUUUAGUAACUUAAACCUUUUGGACUUACCUGUUGAAAUUCUCGAAAAGAUUUUAAGCUAUCUGGAUUAUAAUACUAUAGCUCACUUACGCCCGGUAUGUCAUCAAAUGGACCGUGUUUGUGGAUCCAUAUUAAAUUCCACAUUUCAAAAACUUCAAGCACAAAUGUUAAGUCGUUUUCAUGCAAUUAAAGCACAGAUGCCAAGACGUGAAUCUGCACGUCGUAAUCAUCCACUGGCUUGCGAAUCAGAUAUAAUUGAAACGCUUCACAUGCGACUUACUUUACUUCAGAUGAGUUUUGGCAAGCACAUUGAACGUAAACAUUGUUGUUUUUUUCCUGGGGAGAUUUUAGAUGAAGUUUAUCGUAUUUUACAUUACAUAAAAAUUAGUCCGAAAUUAGCCAGGCCAUAUAAAGUUACAGACGAGUUGUUUGAUUUAAGUACUAUGGCUAUGGAGUACUUUAAGGAACGUAUCGAGCCAACAUUACCAGAAAUUCCUUAUUUUGGAGCUGAUUUCCUAGACCUUGCUGGAACAUUUUCCUCUUCUAGUAAUGUGAGCAAACCAUUUAUAUGCCUGGACUCUGCACCCCUAACUGUUGGAAGUAGUAAGGCAGGAAGUAAUAGUGGUGAAGAAGGUUCUCCUCCACACUCUUCAGAUGAUCCUGUUCUUUUGGAAUCCAGUGUAUCACCUCCACAAUCAAAUAUGGUGUUACGAAAACGAAUUCGUAAGAUCAAGCAAGGCAUGAAGCGGUAUAACAGUCAGUUAACAUUAAUGCGUAGAGAUCUAAGGAAUUGCAAAGCAAAAAUAGCAGAACAACAAAAGCAAAUUGUCGAAUACGCUACACGUCUUGAUGAAAAUGACAAGAAGAACGAAGAAACUUCUCGCAAAUUUAGCACACUCCUACAGGUAUUUACGAAGGAAUUGAACAAAUGUAAAACAGAGCUUCAGUAUUGGCGAUCCAAAUCUCCAGCGAUACCAGUAUGUGUAGUCUGUGGCCAAUCUAUGUUAACACCUUCAGAGGACAUACAAGUUUUAAAUAAUCAGGGAGUAGUACCAGAGACGGCAAAUGAAGAAUUAGACUUCAUUCCCAUAGCAGACUCUCAGAGUCCUACCGAAGUGGCUCCACAGCCAACAGUUACACAGCCUUCAUCGCCAGCAUCGACAGAGGAAAUGGCACCACCAAAGGCUCCUGUGCCUUCGUUAUCUACGAAACGGAAAUCUACAUCAGAUGAAACACCUAGCGACGCCGGAAAGAAACCUCGUCGCACUGCCAAGUCACGUCAGGUCAAACGUUCGAAGAUAUAAAUCGAUUCUGAUCAUGGUACAAAAAUAUUUAACUAACAUCCUUACUGAGUUUUUGAGGAAUAGGGGGUCUCUCGGUUUAAGCUAGACGUGUUUCUUUACGUUAGCGAACAAAUGAUCUUAGAAAAGUACAAAAUUCUUUCCUGAACGUCCUGCAUUUCGCGCAACGAACCUCGUUUUUGAAAAUUAUAGCCACGUCGGUUACCGCGCGAUGGGGAUUGACGCGAUUAAUUUUCCUAUUUUUAUUACGGACGGAUUCGUUACGCACGGUGACAUCUACAAAUAUUCUAAAUGAUAGCUGAUCAUUUGGUUCGUUCGUAAAGCAACACGGAGCAAUCUUCUUUUCACGGGAGUCCAUUUAAACAUUAUUUUCACAAUGGUAUACACAAUGAUUACGCAAACGUUGAAUUUUAUGUGAUACGUUCGUUUUAUAUCAAGCUGUAGAGCAGAUGUAACAUCAAGAUGCGAUGUCAGGAAUUCAUCUUCUGUGUAUCUUAAAUGCAGAUAUAACGCAUUAACUUUCCGUUCGUGCGAGACAUUUCUGACGUGUUUCUUUUUUGUUAUAAUGAUUUUUCUAUUCUGUAAAUCUGAUUCGCAACUGUUCAAUUAAAUGCCGAUUAGACAAUACAAGACCAAAUGCAUUAAUGUAACAUUUGGUAAUCAAACAAAACGAAGAUUCUUACAUAAUAGAAUGUAAGAUUAAUAUCUGAAAUUUCUGAAGAAAUUUCGAUUACAUAUGUUAUUGUUUAGUACUCUUUUAAUUAAAGAAAUGAUAACUAUACGUGAUUAUCGUUGUCCCUUGCAUAGAUAGGGGAUUAUAUUCUUAUCUUUGUAGAGAUUUUUAUUUAAAAUUUCAAGUGGACAUUCGACAUGAUUCUAGCAAAUUUUACUUUGCAGUAUCAAUAAAUAAGUACCUGAGGGGACUGACUAGGACUGGUUCGCGCAGGUACUCCAACUUCAUCAAUAUUCAUAUCAAUUUUCUAAUUUAUCUAAAUCUGCUCAAUUGAAAGGAAGAGAAAAACUCAUUUCUCCUUGAAAUGGUUUGUGUAUACCACUUACGCUAUCAUGAAUUUAAUCACAAAAAAAUGGAUAGUGAAAGUCAAAGACUAAUGAACUGCAUUGCUUUUGCAUAAUACCAUGUGACGUCAGUUUAUUUUUCUGAAUACCGAUAAAUGAAUUUAUAAUUAAAAAUGGAAAGAAUAAUUUAGCGAAACAGCUCACCGAUAAUGAAAUCAAAAGCACUUUUAAUAAUGUAAAGUUUUGUGAGCCUUAAAAAUGCGAUGUUGGGGAGAAAGUGGAUUGUAAACGUGAGCGAAACAUAUGCUAAAUACCUUUACCUUUGAAGGGUGUUAUUUUGUUUUUAACGCGUCAUCCAUUUGAACAAGCGAUUAUCUCGCAGGAUGGCGUAUAUUGCAAUAUUAAUAGCGCUAGGAAAUUAUUUAUAGGAUCAAUUUAUUUAUAGGAAAAUGAUUGUCAGAUUAUUUUAACGAAAAUAAAUUUGAACACAUGAAUUUUGUAAUUUAUCAAUCACGUUAAUUAAAAAUUUACUGAUUCCACAUCACGCACGUGAAAGAAUGAUAUGUAGGAAACAAUUGAAUGUUUUUUUAUUUAAUUAAAUUGAUUGAAACUUCCCGUUCAUGUAAUUUCAUUUAAAAAUCGGACGGAUUACCCUGCGCGAUGCUUGAUGAUCGGUCUGUGUAGAUUCAAUUAUUUCAUUUGCACCAAUCCUAAUUAAUCUCAAAGAUGCAUAGUUCGAAAUAUUGUGAGUUAUUAUUCAUGAUUCUAGUAAUAAAUAUAAAUGAUACUGAUAAUAAGUAAAUGAUACUUUAUUAUAAAUAUAUAAAUAUAUAAAUAUAUAAAUAUAUAUUUAUAUAUGUAUAUAUAUAUUUGAGUGCGGUACUUGCCAGGACAUGCAUACCACACAAAAAGCACUUUAGUUUAAACUUUAAUGGAACAAUAAGAAUAUGAUAAUGAAUGAUGAAAUAAUUAUAUAUAUAUAUGCAUAUAUAUAAUUUUUUAUCGAUGUCGAAAAUUAAUUAGGAAAAAAGUAAAAACUAGUGAGCAGACGGAGAUACGUGUACGUCACAACCACACAUGAUGUAUGAGAGUAAUGAGAGCGAGUCUUAUGAGCGUGUGAUACUUAAUGAAAAUGAAACACUAAAUUCAAACUUAAUAAGAAUUUAUGAUGUGAUGCUUUAUCGAUUUAACUGCGGGAAAGUGACCUUUAUUCAAAUAAAAUACAUGUGGGGCG